AAAUUCGAAACAUGAGUUACCCAACUCCAAAUUCACAUCAGCCUGCGAUACCUCCACCACCAGGAACAUAUCCUGAUACGCCUACACCGACUCCAUACGUCCCCACCGGGCCACAGACCACUUACACUCCAGCACCAGUCUAUCCUGUUCCUGUCGGGACUCCUAGUCCCAUCUAUCCAGCUGCAAAUAUGUCUACGACCUUCAAUCCUGCAGUUCCACCGCCGCCUAUUGCAAACACAGUUCAUAGAUACUACGCUGCUCCUCCCUUACCACCGUACGAUCCCCCCGCACCUGUACUGCCUCAUAAGUCAGCGGGGCCCUACAUGCACUACACUCCCCCACCGCCUCCAGCGAGCACUCCCUACGCCACCUAUCCCCCUCAGCCACCACCUCCAGGUAUGCCUGUCCCUGACUAUCCUUCAAAACCGCCUCCACCGCCUCCUGUGACAAGUCACUCUCGCACUUGGUAUGCUCCACGACACAAUUUGACUUACAGAAAUCCAGCCAUUCGUCCCUCCACCCAACCGCCUCCGGCAUCCCACGAGCAUAGGCCCACCUAUCGUCCAAGAAAACCUUUUUACCCCUCGAGCAGCAGCUACAGAGCUCCCUCAACUCGUCCACCAAUGGACCGAGGUUCUUCGUACGAAGGACGCUCCUCCUCCAGCUCAAGCUACUCCAGUCACCAUCAAUCGGAGAAGGCCCCCAGAAAGCAGGAAACAGAAAGGGAUCGGCUUCUAAAAAACUGGCGAAGCUAUUUUUGUGAAACCUCCGAAGAGAUUGCCAAGAAACUGGCCGAGUUGGAGGAGAACGAAGAGAAGGACGUGUGGAUUCGUUCCUCUCCAGCAGACAUCUACUAUCGUCGCACGAAUAAUGGCAACGAAGUUGAGGGCACACCCCGCCUUGAAGCUCUCUGCAAUCUCUUCGAAGAAGAACUCGUUCAGAGAGCCCAAAAAGCUAAGGCCAAGAUGGAACCCUAUGUUCCACCGCCACGCAAGCAUCGUCGUCGACUAUGCAAACACAAGUCGGAGGUGUGCUCAUCCUCAUCAGACUCUUCAGACGAUGAAUUCCAAGUCGAACAAGAUUGCUGCAUGGAGGAGCUAUCGCGAAAAGUCCAACAUCCCUACCGCCUGCAUCCCGAUUUGUGGCACAACGAUCCCGGCGAAAUGAACGACGGCCCUUUGUGUCGUUGUUCGGCCAAAUCGCGACGGAUCGGCAUCCGGCAUGGAAUCUACCCCGGCGAGGUGGGAAUCCCCAAGUGCAUACCGAAUUUGAACAACGCCAACAAACUCUACCACUACCGGAUAACGGUUUCGCCGCCAACCAACUUUCUCACCAAAACUCCAACCAUCAUAAAACAUGACGAACAUGAGUUCCUCUUCGAGGGGUUCUCCCUUUUUUCACAUUCGCCCAUUGACGAGUUGCCCACUUGCAAGGUCAUCCGAUUCAACAUUGAGUACACAAUCUUGUACAUUGCGGAGAAGAUUCCCGAGAACUUCACAAUCCAGGAACUUGAAUUGUUUUCUAAGUACCUCUUUCGUGAGCUCCUCGAGUUGGUUGACUUCAGUCUUCUUCCGAGUGUGAAUGCCGAGUCGUCGUGUCCGGCUUUUCACUUCCUUCCCCGGUUUGUUAGAGAUCUGGCCGACAAUGGCAAAGAGGUUCUGGCCAUGAGUGAGGUGCUCAAAUAUUUACUCGAUAACUCUGGCCCUCUGGUGGAUCCCGAUCGCUUGUCGUCCAUGUCUGACAUUAGCCAGACUGACUGGCAGGACUAUGUUGACUACAUCAAGGGAAUGGUCGUCACAAAGCCCGGACAGAAGCCGUGUUCCGUGAGAAUCGAUCAACUCGAUAGGAACGUCCCAGACAUUCCGGAUUGCGUAGAUAAGGACAAUGAAAACAUCAUCCAUCCGGCUAUCGUCCACUUUGGCAUCCGUCCACCGCAGCUCAGUUAUGCCGGGAACCCUGAGUACCAGAAAGCCUGGAGGGAAUAUGUGAAGUUCCGUCAUUUGAUGGCCAACAUGUCGAAGCCAUCGUACAAGGACAAACGGAAGCUCGAGGAUAAGGAAAUACGUUUGCAGGAAAUGCGUACCCAGGGCCGAAUGAAGAGGAACAUCACGGUUGCCAUAAGCUCGAAGGGAUUCUACAGAACUGGAAUCAUGUGCGAUGUGAUUCAACAUGCCAUGCUGAUCCCCGUCCUCACAGGUCAUCUGCGCUUCCAUCAGGCCUUGAACCUCCUCGAAAAGAACAUUGGCUACAAGUUUAAAAACAGAUAUCUCCUGCAACUUGCAUUGACUCAUCCAUCGUAUAAGGAGAACUUUGGUACAAAUCCGGAUCAUGCCAGGAACAGUCUGACCAACUGCGGCAUUCGCCAGCCAGAGUACGGCGAUCGAAAGAUUCACUACAUGAACACGCGGAAGCGAGGAAUCAACACUCUGAUCAACAUCAUGUCCAGGUUUGGAAAGGAAUACGAAACCAUGUCGAAUAUCACCCACAACGAGCGACUUGAGUUCCUUGGCGAUGCCGUGGUGGAAUUCCUCAGUUCCAUUCACUUGUUCUUUAUGUUUCCCGAUCUGGAGGAGGGUGGUUUGGCAACCUAUCGAGCGGCUAUUGUCCAGAAUCAGCAUCUGGCAGUGCUGUCGAAGAAACUCCAGUUGGAAGAGUACAUGCUGUAUGCUCACGGUUCGGAUUUGUGUCACGAGCUGGAACUGCGUCAUGCAAUGGCGAAUUGCUUUGAGGCCCUCAUGGGAGCUCUGCUGCUGGACGGUGGGAUUUCCGUAGCCGACGGAGUGUUCAUGAAUGCCCUGUUCAUGGGUGAUGAGUCGUUGAGAGAGAUCUGGAAGAACUUAUCCGAGCACCCACUGCAGGAGCAGGAACCGCUCGGGGAUCGACACUGCAUACCUUCUUAUCCAGUUCUACAGGAACUGACAAAGUUUGAGGAUUCCAUCGGCAUCAAAUUCAAGCACAUUCGACUUCUGGCUCGGGCUUUCACCGACCGAAGUAUUGGGUUUACGCAUCUUACUCUCGGUUCCAAUCAACGGCUUGAAUUUCUUGGCGACACGGUCCUGCAAUUGAUUUGCUCCGAAUAUCUGUACCGCCAUUUCCCAGAGCAUCACGAAGGUCAUUUGUCGCUGUUGCGUUCGUCUUUGGUCAAUAACCGAACUCAGGCCGUUGUUUGCGAUGAUCUCGGCAUGACCCAGUAUGCGGUCUUCUCGAAUCCCAAGGCGGAUAUGAAGACAAAGGAUCGGGCUGAUUUGCUGGAAGCAUUCCUUGGGGCGUUGUACGUCGACAAAGGACUUAUGUACUGCGAGCAGUUCUGCCAUGUUUGUCUCUUCCCGCGGCUCCAGAUGUUCAUCAUGAACCAGGAUUGGAAUGAUCCCAAGUCGAAACUUCAACAAUGCUGCCUCACCUUACGAACAAUGGAAGGUGGCGAGCCAGACAUUCCCAUCUACAAAGUUGUCGAAUCCAUCGGUCCAACGAACACCCGUGUUUAUACCGUGGCCGUGUACUUCAGGUCGAAGCGAUUGGCCACAGCCACCGGUCACACCAUUCAGCAGGCCGAAAUGAAUGCAGCCAAACAGGCACUGGAGAAUUCUCGGGAGCUCUUCCCGCAACUCGAUCACCAGAAGAGGGUCAUUGCCAAGAGCAUUAAGCGACAAACUGGGGACGUGAACUCCGACCUAGAGGACACAUUCAAACAGCCUCCAAAGAAGUUUUUCACCGACGAUCUGGAUGAAUCUCAUCUGCCGAAGCAGUAUCGAUUGCGGGAGGACAUCUCGUCGGAUGAGCUUCCCGACGACGAAGAUGAUGAGCGCAAUGCAGAAUCAGACGUUAGUUCAAAGCCUAAGAAGAAGAAGAAAAAAUCCCACUCACCAAAGAAGAAGCACAAAAAGAAGCGGAAACGCAGCAGCACGAAAAGGACGACGUCCUCUUGCAGUGAUGGCAGUGGAAAGGAAGAUAAAUCGAAGGCUAAAAAAAGUCGACAAGCUAAACCUGCUGCUAUCGACGAUUCACUAAGUCCUCUGUCCGAAGAUGAUUUAGGAGACCAUAUCGCUUUGGAUCCUGAACCUCCCACAUCUGCGAACAUCAUAGAGAUCACAGAUGCAGUCAAGAUCGCUGAUCCAGAAAGAGACCAAACCGCGACUAAUGAUCUCAAUGAGAAGAAUCCCCAACAGAAGCCAUUUUCAACCCUGGCUGACGUGGAGGACGUUUCUUCAUCGUCGGAAAUUGAAUCUGGAGAAAUUAGUACUUAAGGGUGACUCUUUGACCAUAAGUUAAGUUAUAAGUUAUAAAUAAACAAUUUAAUCCAUUCCUUGAA